AUGGAUGACCUUCACUUGAGUGUCAUGGCUGUGGUCCUUUGCUUUAAUCUUCCUGGAUCAGUGGGAACCAAGUUACAGCAGAUUCUUCUUGCUACACAUCACCAUUCGGGCUGCCGGUGGGAUGGGGAGUUCUUGCUGAACUGUUCUUUUACCGGAGUAUCGGCUGUUCCAGAAGCUACAGCACGAACAGCAGUAACAGCUGAUUUUAGUUACAAUAAUAUUAAAACUUUUCUGUGCACUGAUGGAAGAAAUGAAGAGUGGAUGCUAAAGCACCUGAAUCUCAGUAACAACCUGAUUUCUGAGCUCUCCUUAACUCCUUGUAGACAUUUACCUGUUUUAGAAACGCUAAACCUCAAUGGCAACGCCAUCCACACCCUCACACUGGACAUACCGACACCUGCACACGGGUCUAAAACGUACGGAAAAGUCGAUCGUCUCCUGCCUGCUUUGAAAGUAUUGUCGGUUGAACGAAAUAAUCUUACUGCAGUUCCAAGAGGACUAGGUCUGCUGCAAUCUUUACAAACUGUCCAUAUGUCAUCCAAUGCCAUACGACAGAUUGAUCUGAAUGAUUUUCAAAACUGUUCACAGCUGAAGGGCAUCGACUUGCAAAACAACAAGAUAACUAAAAUUCAUCCAGACGCCUUCAGGGAUCUCAACAAAUUACAGGUUGUGGACCUCCGUGAAAAUGCUCUGACAACCCCUCUACCACAGAUAUUAAUCAGUUUGAACUUCUUUCAACUUGAAGUGGAUUUGUCAAGCAAUGCCUGGAUAUUUAACUGCAGAAUAAAAGCUUUCAAACUUCUAUUUAAUUUUCUUUUUGACUCCACGAGGAAAAAAUGGAGGAUUUCAUGCAGUACAUCCACCAACAACUCACAGAAACCUCUGCUGUUUCUUUCAAGCUUCGAUUUAAACUGCAGCAACAGUAUUUUUCUCAAGAGGGCUGUAACCCUGACAGGGAAGACAUCGGUGCUGAACUGUGAUUUGGACAGCACGAGGGGUAAUGGAGUCUCUUGGUGGACACCUAAAGGCAGAAUUUCAAGAGAUAAUCAUCUUCCUCAUAGGACACUGGAUAAAAUGAAUAAUUUGGUGAUCUACAACGCUGAGAAAACUGCUGAAGGGUUGUAUUUGUGUAUUUUUAAUGCAACAAAGAAGAAAUCUCUCAUCUACAAUAUACAGGCGAAAGAAAGGGUUUCACCAGUUUUGGUUAGAAAAGCCCGGGACACUAACACUGUUUUCAGACAAGGAAAAACAGAGCAAGACCUUGCACUGGCUGUCUGCCUCUCGGUGCUUAUUACGUUUGUUUGCGCUUUUUGUCUGGGUGCUUUUGCUAGACCCUACCUGGUGAGCCUGUGGAGACUCAUGCACAGGAACAAAGAUUCAGGUUCAGAACAUACUUACUCUAAUCAAGCUUUUUCAGAUGAAACCUUGAGCAGAGAGUGCUCUGCAAGCAAACCAACAAAUACGCAGCGUAAUUUGUUCAUUUGUGAUGAGAAUUCUUCAAGAAACACAUGCAUUCUUCCUGCAGAAACUGCUACUUUGCGUGAAAGUGUCAUUGCUAGCGGUGUACGUGCACCAAAUAUGGAAGAAGAGUACCAGAAACAAAGCAAUAAUGAGAUCAACGUGAAGAAAAAACCAGCGUUUUCAGACAGCAAAACUAGUAUCAGCAACGAUGAAAAUACAAGCGUUGACGAUAAUGGACUAUUUUCUGUAAGGGCAGAUUACAAGAACAGUAAUGAAGCAAUGCUAGGAAGAUUAAUGAGUAAUGACAUUUCAUUAUGGAAAGAUUCAAAAUUUGCAAAUAAUGAAGACUCAGAGAAGAGCAAGUUCCCUCCCAUACCCUGGAGAUUGAAUGCUGACUCUCACUCAAAUCACAGCGACUCUGCAGAUUCGGAUUUAUCCUUCAUGGAGGAAACUGGCUUUCCAUUUUCCACAAUACAAACACACACAGUUGCACGAGAUUCUAGGAACAGCGAGGUAAGCAACAACUCUGGUCUGCUGCAGUCUGAAAUCACAAAGGCUACACCAGACUCUCCUGGAAGAAAAGGCACAGUUUCACAUAAUGAACCCACGAGCACUACAAAAUUUAUGCCUGGAAGGCAAAGCUGUGAUGAACAACUUGGUCUAAACAGCAACAUAAAUACAAGUCGUGAAGUGGGAGAUUUUAUCUUACCCAGUCGCUGCGAAAGAGAUAUAAAUAUUGAGAAUUUAAGUGUCUACCAGACAACAGAAAGCUCUCCUCUUACAGAGCACGACUACAAAACGGAACGUACAAAUGAAAAAGACGCUUCAGCAGAUAUAUUUGGAGACAGUUCUUCAGAUGAGGGGACUCCAUUCACAAUGAGUGACUGUAGCUCUUUAGCAGACUUUGAACUGGAACAACCUGAUGUUAGCAACAACCUGCCAGUCUGUGAGUUGUCACUAGAGGAAGCCGAUAUGAACAGCAGAGCUGGGAAGUUCUCAACACUGCCAGAGUCUCCAAACACUGCUGCUGAACUUCAGCACGUUGGGAAAAAUGAAGAUGAGAACAAUGCCACUAUUAAUUAUGGAUCAGAUACCAUCAUGCCUGAAACAGCAUCACCUCACACUGAUACAUGGAGUGACCACGUAAGCAUGUCAGAUUCAGACACAGUUAGUUCCUCAAGUCAAGAAGUUCCUGAUACGUGUGAUUAUUUUGCUAAUGCAGAGUCAACAGUACAAAACUCUGCUUCUGAUUCUCUCCACCAUCAAAAUACAGAUUUUGGCAACAUGUUACUUUCAUUAAAACAUUCUCCCACAUAUGACACAGAGAACACUCCUGAAGAGGCUGAACUGCAGCUGUACCAGCUUCCCAUUGUACCUCACCAUUCCCUCAGCUUCGCUCCCACUGAACAAAAAGAAAAUGCACCGGAGGGAAGUACCGACGAGCACAUGGACAGGAACUCCUCUGAAAAGAAUCACGGUGAAGGGAACGUGACCAUGAGAAGAAACAUUAGUACAUCUGAGGACAAUGAUUUUAUUUUUGCUCCCAUUGAUAUUGGUUUGAAUGAAAUUCUUAAAAAAACAUCGCUACUGCAUUCCAGCAACGAGUCAUCUCUUCAAUCUCUGCCUGAACACACAGCUGAAAAACAUUCUACGGUUAUGACAGAGAAAGACGCCUUGCUACCGCAGGGGAAGCAGAUCAACACAACCAAGGCUUGUGCAGAUAAAAUGAAAAGGGGUUUUAACGAGAAAAACUGUGAUGGAUACACAGAAUUACAGGAUGUCAGCCACUGUAGUCUGCCCAAAGAAAUGCAGUCCUGCAAUCUUAGGGCAGAUUUGCUGCAUCUUCACUCUUCUGGGAAAACACGAUCGGGCUUCAACACAGAAGAUCAUUUCCAGCUGGAUCAGACUGACAAGGAUGCAUAUUCCUUCUCAGCCCCACAAGGCUUCUUCAAUGAAAGCACACGAUACAGCUCAUGUUCAUUCCCACACAAGACUAUAGGAAAUAUAAUCUCCAAAAGCACCGACUCCAGCAAGACAGAGGAUGACGCUACUUCGACAGGGCUGGAAAACAAUUCAACAACAGCCAUCAACCUCCACAGUUCAAGUGAAAAACUCCGUCAAAAAAGUCAGACCAAUUUAGGACAGGGCCAGGUUUUUGUUAAGAAGAAAAGAGCAUUUGAUGGAUUUGCUAAUGUUUUGCAAAGCAGAACAGACUUCAAUAGUUGA